AUGAGGGAAAUUAAAGAAACAUCAGGCGAAGCUUGGAUUCACACCAAUCACAACUGCCAUCAAGGACGAUGUGCUGUAACCAAAACCAAGAGUUACCGUGUUGAGCGUACUGAAGCCAAGAACAAGCGCCCUGAAGUGACUCACAAAAGCUUCAACUCCUACAUCGUCAACGCUGGUGCUCAUUACAAUGCAGACUUACAUCGAGCAGUCACAGACGCUGUGUGGUCUCCAGUGACACCAGGAGAAUGGUCCGAAUCAAUUACUCAAGGGCUUUCCGUGUGGUACAAGAGAUGUCCACCGAAGGACGAGGAAAUGCACACUGCCGAAGAUAAUGAGGCUGGGCCAGAGCCAGAGCCAGAAGAUCUCUUGGGGGUCAUUCCUGUGUAG